AACGGUGGAGGAUAACAGACAGACUGGUUGGUUGGUUGGGGACCGACAGAGACGCCGCCUGACUUUCUCCAUCUGCUCCGAGGUUGGAUCAAGAGGUAAACACAGACUGAGGAAGGAAACAGAGAUCUGGUAAAGAAGGGGGUGACUACAUAGACAGUUGUGUUUGUCUGUAGAAGACCAGAGUAUCAGAAGGAACCAUGAAUUUUGUGAUGAAGCAAGCCUUAGGUGGGGCCACUAAAGACAUGGGGAAAAUGUUAGGAGGAGAGGAGGAGAAGGAUCCAGAGGUCGUGAAGAAGAAGAAGGAGGAAGAGGAGGAGAGACAGGAGGCACUGAGACAACAAGAGGAGGAGAGGAAGGAUAAGCACCGGAAAAUGGAGGCAGAAAGAGAAGUAGUACGACAGUCCAUCAGGGACAAGUAUGGCCUGAAGAAGAAGGAGGAGAAGGAGGCGGAGGAGAAGGCAGCCAUGGAGAAGGCAGCCAUGGAGCAGGCCUGUGAGGGGUCUCUGACGCGCACCAAGAAGGCUAUCCCAGCCGGGUGCGGAGACGAGGACGACGAGGAUGAGGAGAGCAUUCUGGACACCGUCCUCAAGUUCCUCCCUGGACCUCUGCAGGACAUGUUCAAGAAGUAAUGAACACAUCGACAUCAACAACAACACAUGGUUCGGUCCAGCCAGGGGAGGGGGAGGGGGAGGGGAGAUCUGGGACUGGAGGAUGGGGGUAGGAGGGGUGGAAGGGUUCUUGCCAAACUGUGGGAGGUGGCUAUUCACUGCCUUUACAGAAAUAUUUGUUGUUUUCUAGACUAGACACAAUGUGGUUAUAUAUCGCCCUACAGUUUUUGGUCGGUCUCUCAACCACCGACUAAGUGUAUAUAAAACAAACGAUCCACUUAUCUAACAUUCAAACAUUGGUAGAUCGAUCCACGGAAUCAGGUAGAUGCAUUUGGAUUGGUUGUCCAUUGGUAUUAACUGGGGUAUGGAGUUUCUGUCCAGCCAUGCAUUAGAGAGCAGGAUUCAAUACACCGUACUAAUGGACACUUCAAUGGGCACUGCCAACACUUAUCUGGAGAAGGAGCGCUUUUUUUUCAUUCACUGGCUUUUUCUAU